UCUUAUGAGUCUGCCAAGCGUCUGUUCACUGUCUGCGAGACCACCAUACCUGUUGAUACAAUGCGCCGACACUUUCUUCGAGGCUGAAUAUCCCGCGCUCAAGGCUUCUUCCGUCUCGGACCCAACUUGCUAACCAGCUGAUAUCUCGAUAUGAGUGCUCCCCAGAAGUCUUCCAGAUGGGGGUCCUUCCUCUCACAAGCCGUGGCCGGCGUCGAGGCGCGUCUGGACAAUAUCUUAGCCGAAGACGGUAGCCCUAAAGAGUCCACGACAUCUGCCGUCACACCCAGCGCUGCGCCAGUACCGCCCACACCCCCUACUCGCUCUGCCACGCCUUCGAAGUCUGCCAACGAUAGGCUCCAAGAGCGCCUAGCCCGUGCUGUCGCUGCUCGAAAUGCUACUUCUACGAGACAGAGCAUGGAAGUCGCUUCCGUCACCUCUAGCCCGCGCCCAAGCUCUGAUGCUCCGGAGCGACCACCCGUCACUGCUAUUCAAGCAGAAAGCCCAAGACCAAGUCAGUCUGUGGAAGAGACUGCAGAACCCGUGCCGCAGGUUCCAAUGAAUGCCUCCGUUGUCGCCCCUACGCCUAACACCAAUGACCUGCCCACCACAUCCAGUCCGCGAUCAUCAUUACAUCUCGAGUCGCCAGAAAAAGAAAAGGAACCUGAGCAAAAAUCCACCACCAGUAAUGAAGCCCAGCCUACAGCAACGCUUGCAUCAGAUCCAUAUAUAGAGCGAAUUAGCAAUCUCGAAAGGACUCUGCAGGAAAUACAGUCGCAGCAUCAGGAAGAAUUAAAUAGCUAUAUUGAGCGAGUAGAUGCUCUCCAGACAAAGCUACAGUAUCUCAGCCGAGAAGCAAGCGAGCAUGCCAGGAGUGCUGCUAAGAACGCUCCGGCAGGCAGUUCAGAAAAGAAGAUAGCGGAGAAGGAUGACCAAAUUGCCCAACUGAUACAAGAGGGCCAAAAACUAGCCGCUACAGACCACCAGAGUCGUACUAUCAUAAAGAAAUUGAGAGCUCAACUUAUUUCAAAUGAGAAGGAGCUUAAUGAGCAGAAGUUAUGGCGCCAGAAAGCGGAAUCAGAACUGGCUGAUUUACGUAGGCGGAUAGAAGAUUCUGAUGAUCUGGAGAAAGCGAACGAGGAAGCUCAUCGACUAAUAACCCAGUCCAAGAGAGAAGUAGAUAAGCUGAAAGCUGAAAAUGAGGCGAAAGAUCAGUCCAUAGCCGAUCUCACGCAACAGCUUCAAGAAGAACUGGAGAAUGCUAAGUUACUAGCAGCCAAGGCAGAUGAUUAUCAGCGAGAGGUAGAACAAAAACGAAUAAAGGAGCUUGAAGAUACUGUUGCUGCACUCAAGGCCUCGAAAGCGGAAGCAGAAUCAAACGCGAGCUUAAAGAUUACGGAGCUUCGAGACAAAGCCGACAGAACAUCAGAACGUGCCCGAGCGAUAGAGCUUGAGCUGAAGGGAGAGGUACAGAUGUUAGAGAGUAAACUAGAGGCGCUGAGAGCGAGUGCAGAAGAGGCCUCAUCCGGCGCCGUGGGAGAUGCGCAAGUUAAACUACAUAGACAGAUUGAAACGCUCCAAACGCAACACUCUAUUGCUAGUGAGAAUUGGCGAGUUUUGGAAGCAUCCCUCGAGACUAAGGCCGCCAAUCUAGAGAAGGAACGAGAUGAGGCACUUCGUCGAGAAUCGGAGAUGAGGAGAAAGGCACGCGAAGUGGCCAAUCGCGCCAAGCGUCAAGAAGAAGAGUUGGAAGAGAUGCAAAGGCAACUUCCCACGGUUCAAAGUGAUCUCAAGUCAUAUCAAUCACAACUUGACACUCUUAGAACAAGGGCGGAGCAAGCUGAGACGGCUCUGGCAGACGCUAAAGCCGAACUUGCUAGACAUCAAGCAUCAUUGCGGAAUGACAAGGGAGAGCGUACAGAUGACCGCCGAAAUUGGUUGGACGAAGUCCCCACGGCCGCCGCCCGCGACCGUGGUCGUCCAGACUCUCCCUUACUCGCAGCGCCACAACGUACCUUUAGCGGAGAUAACUUUCUUGGAUUACAGAACUACUCGAACAGGUUUCGUAAGACUUCAGCUCCUUCUAGUAAUGGUGAGCCUAGUCCGAGUGACCGGGCAUCGUUAAUAAGACGUCCAUCUGUUCAACCUCCCAUGCGAUCCCCUCUACUCUCCUCAGUAUCCAUCUUACCCACGGCAGCUACCCCCUCUCUCGCUAGCGGCUUCGAUUUCGCCCCCUCGCAGGUGGCAGAUCGAGAUGAUGUGCUAGAUGGCCUCGAAAGAUCGGCCUCCCCUCAGAACGUCUUGCAGGAUAUGGUCUCAGUCUCGACCACAACAGCAGGACCUUCCGUUCAGCUGGUGGAAAGGAUGAGUGCAGCUAUUCGCAGGUUAGAAAGUGAAAAAGUGGCUGCCAAGGAGGAGCUCGCGCGUAUUUCAGGUCAGCGAGAUGAAGCGCGUGGCGAGAUUGUAGCGCUUAUACAGGAGUUGGAGACGAGCAAGACUGCAACCAAGAGGGUGGAUGAGCUUGAGAAGGAAAUGGCCGAGAUCAACAGCAGGUAUCAAACAACGCUGGAAAUGCUAGGGGAGAAAAGCGAGCUAGUGGAAGAACUACGCGCAGACGUACAAGACGUCAAGGCCAUGUAUAGGGAUCUAGUAGAGCGGACUAUCAAGUGAAUUGGGAUGCCACAAAGUUCAUUUGGUAGCGAGUCCGUUCUAAAACCCAAGCGUUCUACCUAGGUAGUAGAUUUUUGGUUAUGGAACCAUAUUUUUACUUAUCACUUACCCCUAGACACGUGCUUGAUCAGGGCUAUCCAACAAAAAGAUCAAAGUUCGAUGCCUUCAUUUUCAGCCUCACGUUCAAUGUACUUCCGGAUCUGCGUGCAUUCAGUAAGCCUAGCUGAUACGUCUUC